AUGGCUGGUGUUGAUGCUAAAGGCAGGAAAAGCCAAAAAAAGAACAUGAAGGCUGCUCAAAAGAAAAAGGCUGUUGCUGAGAAUAAACAGGAAGCGGUCUCGAAUGUGGAUACAAAAGAAAAUUCUUCUGCUUCUCUGAAGAAUUCAAUUGAAAGUGAAGAAAAGCCGGAAGAGCAAGACGAAACUGAAGUUCAAGAACAAUUGCCAAAGGUUAAUGAGCCUAAUCAACAGGACGAAAAACCCAAAGAUAACCAAAAUGAAAGUGAAGACGAGGAUGAUGAAGAAGAAGAUGAGGAUGAAGUGGAACUUUCCGACCUCGAAGGUGUCGAGCUAGAAGAGGACGCAGAUCUUGUUCGUAAAAGGAAAUUGGCUUUAAAUAACACAAUUGCUCUUGAAAGCAUUUAUGAGAAGAUUAAGUACCCUGAUAACAUCUCCUUCGUAGAAAACCAAGCCAUUACUACGAACGAACCCGUUGUUGUUGAAAAUGUGGAAGAUGAUCUUACCAGAGAACUUGCAUUUUACAAGCAGGGUGUUGAGAGUGUCAAAGCCGCCUUCGUGCAGUUGGAGAAGCAUAAGGUUCCUAUUACUCGCCCUUCCGAUUACUUUGCUGAAAUGCUGAAAUCGGAUGCCCACAUGGAGAAGGUUCGUCAAGAGUUAAUUAAAGAAGCCACUUCUAAAAAGCUCUCUGAACAAGCUAAGAAACAACGUGAACUCAAAAAGUUUGGUAAGCAGGUUCAGCUUGCUAAGCAAGAAGAGCGUCAACGUUCCAAGAAGGACACUUUGGAAAAGAUUAAUUUACUCAAACGUAAAAGCUCUGGUUCUGACUUAACUACUGAAGAUGAUUUUGAUGUCACAUUGGCCAAUGCCGAGAAAGAAGAAAAAUCUAAACAGUCUACUAAAAAAACGAAAAACGAGAAAUUUGGUUUUGGAGGUAGAAAACAUGGUAGGAAGAGCAAUGAUGCCGACAGUCUUGCUGCUACCGAAUUUGGUAAAAAGGGUUUGAAGGCCUUAUAUAAGAAGGGCAACAAAAGUCGUCCCGGAAAAGCUCGCCGCGAGAAAGCUAGAAAGUAA